UUGCAGAUUUAUUUUAGGGCUCUCGGCAAGGCGGAGGAGAAGCGCGCGCGGCAGCCAUGGCGACCUCCAAAGUCCAGCGGAUCAUGACCCAGCCCAUCAAUCUCAUCUUCCGGUUCCUGCAGAGCAAGGCGACGAUCCAGGUGUGGCUGUUUGAGCAGAAGGAUUUGAGAAUCGAGGGCCGGAUCAUAGGGUUUGACGAGUACAUGAAUCUGGUACUGGACGACGCCUACGAGAUCUCGCUCAAGAAGAAGUCCCGCAAGCCGCUGGGCCGGAUCCUCCUCAAGGGCGAUAACAUCACGCUCAUGAUGAACACCGGCAAGUAGUAGCAGAAAAAAAAUCUCUGAGAGAAGUUCCAAGAUGGGCUUUAUUUUUCGCUCUUGUUCUUGGCGAGUGUCUUUGUAUCUCGUUUACCAUGGCUCUAGCAGCUCAAAGAGGUUUCACGCAUUC